UCCCGCCGGCUGGUUCCGGGUCGGGGGGCCGGCGGGCGCGCGGGCAGCGCCAGUCGCCAUGUCCGGGAGCUGCCGCCGGGGCCAGACGGCGAGCCGGGCCAUCCCCGCCAAGCGCCUCAGCCUGCCCGACGGGGCCGCGCUGCCGCCCGGCGACUACAGCACCACGCCGGGGGGCACGGUGUUCGGGACCACGCCGGGCGAUUUGCGUGCUUCUCUGAUAGAAGAGGCCCUACCAUCCCCUUGUGUUGACAACUGUUGUAACAAAUCAAAGCAUGGUAUACAGGGUACAAGAAUUAUUUAUGACCGGAAGUUUUUGAUGGAAUGCCGCAAUUCCCCAGUUGCCAAAGCCUCACCUUGUGACCUUCCAGACAUUCCAGGUGUUACCAGUCCAAAUGUGGAGGAGUUGAAGAUUGAAAACAACCAUGUCCACAAUUACGAGGAGAAGGUGGGCGUAGGCGAGGAAGCUCAAUUUGACAUGGACAUCUAAAGUGUGUGCCCUGAGAGUGUUUGUCUGGUGAAGAAUGGGACCUCGGUGUGAGGGCUCCCACCAGCUAGGCUUUUAGAAUAGCCAGGCUUUUCUGAGUGACUUGCUCUUUCCUGCAAAGGGCAGUCCAUUCGCUUUGACUGAGAGCAGAACACAUUCUAUUACGUGAGGACUGAAAGUAUCAGCUGAUUCAUAUGGGUAUAAAUCCAUGAGUAUGGCUCCUGCUGGCGAUGGACAACAGUGAGAGGAAGAAAGCUCUCUAUGAUUUUUUAUUUCAUGUUUCUAUGCCUUUGUUAAUUGGUGUAUAUCAGUACUGUAAAGGUGACCGAAAUGUAAUAUCAGGGGAGAAAUAAAAUCAUUUAGGGUCUCCA